AGAGUUUCCUCCAGACACAACACAAUGAACUCCAAGAUUCUGUUGCUGCUGGGUCUUGUUGCUGUCGCUUCUGCUGACAAGCGACCAUCCUUCUCCUAUGGCCCACCUCAGCAUUCUUCAGAGGAAUCUGGUCCAGCUCAGUACAACUUCAACUGGGCUGUCGAUGACGACCCCUCAGGCAACGAGUUCGGUCACCAGGAGAGCCGCGACAACGACAACACCAAGGGGUCGUACAGCGUACAGCUCCCCGAUGGUCGUCUCCAGACUGUGACUUACUACGUGGACGGUGACUCAGGCUACGUGGCUGACGUCCAGUACCAGGGAGAAGCUCGCUACCCUGACUCUGAUGAAGUCAGGUCUUACGUCCCUCCAAGACCAACAUAUGGAUAAGACCAUCUCUCAGAUCAACAUAUGGAUAAGACCAUCUCCCUGACCAAUGUAUGGCUAUGGCCAUCUCUCAGACCAACAUACAGAGACCAGCUCCAAGACCAAUACACUUCUAGGACCAUGUUUCUGUGGAAAUAGAUGUGUGGAUUGAUACACAGUCUAUUAAAAUCUUGAAACUUGCAAUGCUUGGCCAAAAGCUGAACAAA